AUGCACAAGACAUUCGCAGAUGCGAUCGCCAUCACAAGGGGACUUGGGAUACCCUACUUAUGGAUCGACGCCCUCUGCAUCGUGCAAGGUGACGGCGGCGAGUUUGAAUCCGAAGCUGGAAAGAUGGCCGCUUACUAUAAAAAUGCCGAGCUUACUCUUGCAGCAACAGACUCGAUCGACUGCGAAGGGGGCAUGCUCUAUCCAAGUAAUCUUCGUCAGAAGUUCAACACCAGUCGGUUCAGACACCGGGAUAAGGCAGCUUACGCAUUUCUGGAUUCUAUACAGACUGAUCUUGAAAGCGAGAUCAACUCGGCGCCGCUGAAUCAACGAGGGUGGGCACUUCAGGAAGGCAUCUUGUCUCGAAGGAUGGUCCACUUUUCCAAGAAGCAGUUGAUCUGGGAAUGCAAGACAAAGGUCGCCAGUGAGGACGGCCUAGUAGACCUGAAGAAAGAUAAGAUCAGACGGCCAUUCGCGCUACCAACACUAUGGGUGCCUCUGGAAAGUCGCUAUGAAGAAUGGGCUGCUGUCGUCCAAGGCUACUCCGGCAGGCUGCUGUCCAAGGCCAGGGACAAAACGCUUGCCCUGGCUGGUGCGACGACACAAUUCAUUCAUCUUCUCCGUGAUGAACCCCUAGUGGGAUUAUGGAGGGGGGAUCUUCCCGCCGGGUUGCUCUGGAGAGCUACCGAGCCUAGGGGCCGUGUCAAAGCUGUUGAGCUCAAGUCGAUCCCCUCUUGGUCUUGGAUGAUACUUGAUGGACCUGUUAGGUUCAACACUGGGCGCCGGAGAUCUGUUCUGAGUUCAUGGAUAUUCACAACGGAGAUGAAAGUCGACGAGGCGUUCGUUAGAUGGAAAGGUGAAGAGCUAACUUCAGAGGUCACGCAAACAUACCUCAGAGUCUCUGGGAGAUUGAUUCCAUUCAACCCAGCUUCAACAACCGUCGAGGAUAUCUGGUGGGACUCGCCAAGCCGGCCCGAUGAAAACCUGUUUCUCCUCGCUGUCGGUCAAGUCAGCCACCGUGUCCGACGGACCUGGAAUUCCGCGGUGGUGAGUGAAUCCAAGGACUACUUUCUUGUCUUGUGCCAAACCGCCAAGAAGAAUGAGUAUUCUCGAGUAGGCAUGGGGGUGGUUGACAAUGGUCAAGAAGUCGGUGGCCAUUUUGCGGCCCAGAGCGCGAAGACAAUUGUUCUUGUCUAA